AUCACACACACAAAAUAAAACUCUCAAUUGGAUUAAAUUAUGUGUGAAUUAAUUUCCCAAAAUAUCUGUUCUAGAUCUUUCUGCAAUUUUAUUUUUUAUCAGUCAAGAAAAUUAAAGUUAUAAGGUGAAAUUUGGGUUCUUGAUUCUUGAUAGAGGGUUCAUUUUUUUUUUUUUUUUUUUUGAGAAUGGCAGGGAAUAAUAAUGAUUUAAUGAGAGGAAACCCACCUGGGAUAUUGUUAAUUAGAAGCAUGAGAAGGAAAGAUUGGAGUUUAAAGACAUAUAAAUAUGUUGUUUUGUUGAUUACAUUUAUUGCUUAUACAUCUUAUCAUGCUUCAAGAAAACCUAGUAGUAUUGUUAAAAGUGUUUUACAUCCCAACCCAUAUAUCAACAUAACUGUUACAAAUCCAUGGCCAAUUGGGCCACUUUUUGUAAAAAAAGAAACUUUGGGUCAUUUGGAUAAAUCAAGAAAGAAAGGUUGGGAACCAUUUAAUGGUGAAGAUGGAACAUUGAAAUUAGGUGAAAUUGAUGUUGCAUUUCUAGCAUGUUAUUCUAUAGGAAUGUAUGUAGCUGGACACUUAGGUGAUUCAUUGGAUUUAAGGUUGUUUUUAACAACUGGUAUGAUUGGAAGUGGGAUAUUUGUGGGGUUAUUUGGUAUGGGUUAUUUUUGGAAAGUACAUGCUUUUUGGUUUUAUUUGGUUAUGCAAAUGGUUGCUGGUUUGUUUCAAGCUACUGGUUGGCCAUCUGUUGUUGCUGUUAUUGGUAAUUGGUUUGGUAAAAGGAAAAGAGGAUUAAUUAUGGGUAUUUGGAAUGCUCAUACUUCUGUUGGGAAUAUUAGUGGAUCACUUAUGGCUGCUGCUGUUUUGGAAUAUGGUUGGGGUUGGUCUUUUAUUGUUCCGGGUGCGUUUAUAUUUUUCGCGGGGAUAAUGGUGUAUUUGUUAUUGCCUGCUUAUCCUGAGGAUGUUGGAUUUCCUUGUCCUAAUCGACCGUCUGUUGAGGUUUCGACUAACGAUGAAGAAGCUCAGAGAGUGAAAGAAAAUGUGGGUGAAAAUGAACAGUUUAAUGUACCUCGGGUUGGUUCAGGAAGUAGGACAAGUGUUGGUCUUCUUGAUGCUUGUUUAAUACCAGGAGUUAUUCCAUUUGCACUGUGCCUUUUCUUCUCAAAGUUGGUGGCAUACACGUUUUUGUACUGGUUGCCGUUUUACCUUAGUCAAACAGCUAUAGGGGGAGAGUAUGUUUCAGUGAAAUCUGCUGGGAAUCUAUCUGCUCUGUUUGAUGUUGGAGGUAUAGUUGGUGGAAUUCUAGCUGGACAUUUAUCUGACAAGCUUGAUGCUCGUGCUACUACAGCAGCCAGCUUCAUGUAUGCAGCGAUUCCUUCUAUGCUUCUGUAUCGCAAAUAUGGAGGAACAUCAAAGUUCAUGAACAUUUUUCUGAUGAUGAUAGCUGGCUUGUUUGUUAAUGGGCCUUAUGCUCUUAUAACAACGGCAGUGUCAGCAGAUUUGGGUACUCACAGCUCUUUGAAAGGAGAUUCACGAGCACUUGCAACAGUUACUGCCAUUAUUGAUGGUACUGGAUCUAUGGGUGCUGCUUUAGGUCCUCUUUUGACUGGUUUUCUUUCGACAAAAGGAUGGGAUGCAGUUUUUAUAAUGCUUGUUGUUGGUGCACUUAGUGCUGGUCUUCUUCUAUCACGUUUGGUUCUUGUUGAACUGAGUGAGAAGUUCUCUAAACGCCUACCCUGUGGACAACACAAUGGCGGAGGUUCUGCAUCUCAACCCCUUUUAAGAGACCAAAGAUGAGGAUUUGUUGGGCAUGUUUUCUCAAGAAACAUAAAGAUAUGAUAGAAGAUACAAGUAUUGCCUCUGCGUGAAAACAUAAGCAAAAAUCUACGGUACGAAAAAGCCAAUGGAAUCAAUGUGACUCGAGAAGCCACUCUGUCUUCAAAAUCGCCAUUCAUCUUUCUUCGAUAUGCUUUUGUUUUCGGAAUGUAAGUUCUUUUUGUAGCUCGUUGGAGUCGUCGUAGUCUCUUGGUACGUGUCUAAAUGAAACAAAGGCAUUUCUCUCUUGAGGUUUUUCUGUUGUGAUUAUUGCUUAUUAUCUGAGAUAUAUUUAGAGGUUUAGCGAGACGUGUCUGGUAGUUAUGCUACAGCUGAUAUUACCUUUCUUCUUAUCCCUUGAGGAGUUGUUGAUAGAAUAAAGUGAGGCUAGACUGGUAGAUUUAUUAUCACAUCCGAUGAAUAUCCUUUGUUUGUUUCACCAUUUGGUCCAUAUUACAGAUUUUCUAAAGUUUUUGCAUAA